CUUGUGGAGUCCAAUGGGAACAUGAUCUCUCAGCUGGAGUCAGGGAGAGCACAUGGGAUCCCAAUGCAUAGUGUCUCAAGAGCUUGCUGGUUAGAUGGGGGCACUAGCCCUCAGAACAAGGACUCCACUCCAAAGUUAAGUGUUUCUAUGAAAGAUUUAUCCCCAAUGACAUCCUUAUGGGAUGGCCCUUGCACCUCUGAGGUAGGAAAAACCUGGCAGUAUUAUGGCAGGUUCAGAAAAGAGCAAAACACUGAGGGGAAACAUUGUAGACAAGGAAAAGAAAUCCAAACAGAAGCUGUUGUUGAAGUCAGAGCCCCCGAAUCCUAUAAAUACAGCCAAACCUUCAGCCCAAAGCCAGUCCUUACUCUACAGCAGAGAAUAGAUCUGGGAAAAAAGUGCUCUGAAUUGACUUCAUGUGAGAAGCCGUCGUCUCAGAAGGCAGAUCUGACUCAACAUUUCAGUAUUCAGAAUGAAAACAAGUUCUAUAAAUGCAGUGAAUGUGGAAAGGUCUUCUGGAAGCAAGUAAAUCUUACACAGCACUAUAGAAUUCACACUGGAGAGAAACAUUUCAAAUGCAGUGAUUGUGGAAAGGCCUUCCUGCAGAAGACGACUCUUGUAGAGCAUUGUAGGAUUCACACUGGAGAAAAACCUUUUAAAUGCAGUGACUGUGGGAAAGCCUUUUCUUGGCGUUCAACGCUCAUUCGACAUCAGAGAACUCACACUGGAGAAAGACCCUAUGAAUGUAGUGAAUGUGGGAAGACAUUCCCAUCAAACUCCAGCCUGACUCAGCACCGGAGAACUCAUACGGGACUAAAACCUCAUCAGUGCAGUGUAUGUGGGAAAGCAUUCUCUCAGAAGUAUACUCUUACUUAUCAUGGUAGUGUUCAUACUUUUGACAAACCAUAUGAAUGCAGUGAAUGUGGAAAGCUCUUUCGGAUGAAAGCGUACCUUAAAAAACACUGUAGAAUUCACAGUGGAGAGAAACCUUUCAAAUGCAGUGACUGUGGAAAGGCCUUCCGGCAGAAGAUAGAUCUUAUACAGCAUUGUAGGAUUCACACUGGAGAAAAACCUUUUAAAUGCAAUGACUGUGGGAAAGCCUUUUCUGUGCACCAAAGUCUGAUGCAACAUCAGAGAACGCAUACCGGAGAGCAACCCUAUGAAUGCACCGAAUGUGGGAAAACCUUUCUGUGGCACCGAAGGCUGAUGCGACAUCAGGGAAUUUACUCUGGAAAGAAACCCCAUGAAUGCACCAAAUGUGGGAAAGCCUUUCUUUGCCACACAGCUCUGACUAUACAUCAUAGAACUCACAUGGGAGAGAAAUCCUAUGAGUGUAGGGAGUGUGAGAAGACAUUCCAAUUAAACUCCAGCCUGAGGGUGCACCAGAAAACUCAUGCAGGAGUAAAACCUCAUCAGUGCACUGUAUGUGGAAAGGCGUUCACUUACAGGUAUGCUCUUAAUAAUCACAGCACUAUUCAUACUGGAGAGAAACCAUAUGAAUGCACUGAAUGUGGGAAGACCUUCUGCCUGAAACACUUACUCAGAGAGCACUGCAACACUCAUACUGCAAAGGAAGCUUUUUAAAAUGCAAUGACUGUGGGAAAUCCUUUCCUUGGAGCCUAGCACUGACUAUACAUCAGAGAACUCACAUGUAAUAUAGUGAAUGUGGGAAGAUCUUCUGCCAGAAGUCAGAUCUUACCCAACACUUCAGCAUUCACACUGGAGAGAAACCUUUCAAAUGCAUUGAUGGUGGGGAAAGCCUUUUUUUGGAGCCUAGCAUUGACUCAACAUUAGAGAAUUUACAGUGGAGAGAAACCCUCCAAAUGCACUGAAUGUGGGAAAGCCUACACCCCGAAUUCAGGGCUUUCCUGACAUCAGAGAAUACAUGCCAGUGAGAAAUCCUAGGAAUAUAAUUAAUGGGGGUAAGCAGUCCUGCUGAUCAAAGCAUAUCCUCAAUACUCUAGAACUCAUGAUGGAGAAAAACCUCAUUAAUUUAAUCACUGAAGGAAAACACUCUAGUGGGCUGAUGUAGUGUUCUCUUCUUUUGUAUAAUAUAUGAUGGUUCUCUGUGGGCAGGUUUCUUGGGGAGGUUUUCUGGAGGCAGCCUUAGUUUCAGUUCAAAGUAAUGAUCACUUCAAAUGCAGCCAGCUGAUAAAAUUCAAAUGUUUAUUUUCUCCUUCCAAGUCUUGUCUCUUUCCUUGGGCCCGUUUAGCUUUCUUAGAGGCCUCUCUUCCUCCUUGGUUCCAAGAGCUCUUGCAUCUUGUCUUUUUGCUCUUCCAGCUUCUGCCUCUAGCUCAACUGCGACUCGUGGCUUCUCAAUCUCCAACUGAUUCUCCCCUCUCAAUCUUUUCAACUGAACUCUCCUGACUGAGCUCAGUUCUUUUUAUGCUCUUUUAGAGGUGUAAACUCAAAGAUUGAUUCCUCCUCUGAGAGUGGGAUUAUGGGAGGUGUGAAGUUGGAUAUCUCAUACUGAACCCUGAAAUCUCCCAAACAUGUGAAUUAAUGUGUGAACUAAUGUGUGAACUCUCAAAGGUGUUAACUUAAGCAUUGUUUCUAUCAAUUCCAUUGAGUUAUCACCUUGUUUCAAGUUCUGGCUCAUAACAGGCUCAUCUAGAUUAAAAUGUAAUUUGAAAAUAUUCAAUAAAAUAAAUUCACAAUAAAAUA